AUGACAGGAGCAGAGGCUCAGGCAAGUGCAAGCGCAACAGAGGGAGCAAGUGUCUUGAGAAAGAAUUCAGAUGAUGUGGGAUGGGAGUUUGGGGUUCUUGUUAAUCCAAGCAACAAGGACAAUGUGAAGUGCCUACUCUGUGACAAGCAAAUGUUUGGAGGGGUUUAUCGGUUGAAGCAGCAUAUUGCCCAUGAAGGAAAGAAUGCCAAGAAAUGUCUAGGCACGAAGACCACCAAAGAGAAGUUAAAGGAGGCUCAAGAAAAAUGCAAGAAAGCAUUAGAUGAAGCAAAAAGGAAGAGGAAGGAGAAACUUGUUCAUGAGCUGGAACUUAGAGAGGAAGUCCAUGCAUCUGCAUCUAGGGUUGGAGGGUCAGAGGAAGUCACUUGUAUUGGAAGUUCAGAGCCUCACAAAUUAGGCCCCAUUAACAAAUGGACAAAAGCUAUUGAUCCUACAGCAACCAAAUCUGAAUCUUUGACUCAACAGAAGCUGAACAAGGAACUUUGGAAAGAAAGAUUACAUGAGUACUGCACUAAUUUUGUAACAUUGGCAGCAAUACCAUUCAAUGCUUGUGACAAAGAUGAGUUCAAGCAAAUGUGUGAAGCAAUUGGACAAUUUGGGCCCGGAAUUGAACCUCCAACUAUGUUUGACAUGAGAGGGAGAUUGCUAGAAGAAGAAUAUGCAAGAACCAAGAGUUUGCUGCAAGAACGUGAAGCCGAGAAGAUGAAGAAUGGGUGCUCUAUUAUGACCGUUGCUUGGUCAGAUAAGAAGAGGAGAAGCAUAAUGAAUGUGUGCACUAAUUGUGCUGAUGGAACCAGUUUUAUUUCCUCAAAAGAGAUGUCAGAUGUGUCACACACAAGUGAAGUCAUAUUUGAACUAGUGGACAAAGCAAUUGAGUUAGUUGGUGACUAUGAUGUGGUGCAAGUUGUGACUGACAAUGCUUCUAACAACAUCGGAGCAAAGAAGCUGCUGCAUGAGAAGAGACCACAGAUCUUUUGGACCUCUUGUGCAGCUCACACAAUCAACUUGAUGCUCCAAGGAAUUGGCAACAUUCCUCGAUUAUAG